AUGUUACUAUUCUCCUUCCUCUUUCCAAUCUUCUUCUUCUUCUUCUUCUUUAUUUAUCCAUCCUCUCAUCCAUCACAUAUGACUUGCAGUAAUUUUACUUCUUCUGCUGCUUCUUUUUCUCAUCCUUCAUCUCUUGUCAUUUUUCUUCUUUUUCUUUCGCUUCAUCUUCUUCUUGUUUACACGAUUUUUCUUAUUUUUCUAUUUGUUGUUGUUGUUCUUCUUUAUUUGAUCAUCUUCCAUCUUUCAUUUUUUUUUUUACUUGUGACCAUUUUUUUCCUUCUGUUUUUAAUUCCUUCAUCGUCAUAUCAUUCCUCAUUUAAUUGUUACAAUUCCUCUUCUCAUCUUCUUCAUCAUCUCAUAUUUCGUUUGCAGCCUUCAUUUUUCGCUUUUGUUUCUUCUUUUCUCCUCCCUUCAUUUAUUUGCACUUGUUUUUGUAAUUUAUUAUGUGGAGAAUGUCUAUUCCUAUCUAUCUAUCUAUCUAUCUAUCUAUCUAUCUAUCUAUCUAUCUAUCUCCAUACAGAUAUUGUAUUACUGUUAGGACAAUCAUCGUUCAUAUCUAUCUAUCUAUCUAUCUAUCUAUCUAUCUAUCUAUCUAUCAAUCUAUCUAUCUAUCUAUCUAUAUACUAUUGA